AAACUUCAAGUUCUCUCCUUUAGAUCAUCAUGGAGGUGGGGCAGUCCUCUUCCACAAAAUCAAAACCCUCUUCGGAAAUCUGGGCUAAGCUUGGAAGGAAAUGCCAGAUUGUAACUUGGAUUUGGCCUUUGCCUUGUACAAAAUAUUAAUGAGGAUAAAGAUAAGUUCUGAUUUGAAAUUUCUUUAAAGGCAAAGCACUUUGGGUAUUGUGUGAUAUAUACUUGCUGCAGUAUCCUUGGAUUCAAAAUAUGAAGAUGUCGAGAUUAGCUCAAACGAAGUUGUGAUAAAUUCAGAAGCCAAAAGCUCUCCUCAAGAAAAGCAAGAAUAGUGCAAAAUAACUAGGAAUCCAGAUCAAUUUUCUGCCACAAUGCAAAACAAGAGUUCAAAUGUAAUACUGGUUGAUGAUGUUGUUGUCCAAAGUGAAGAUGUUGUUGACAUCGAAUGCGGAGCUGAAGUAAUUGCAGGGCCUAAUAAAGAAGGAUAUUUAAGCUACAAAUUCAAAGUAAUGUGUGACCAAGAAUCCAGCAAGCAGAAGUUAAAGUUUCAGAUAAGUAUAGAUAUUGAGCAUGCAAAAUGCAGCAUCUGCUUGAAUAUAUGGCGUGAUGUUGUUACCAUUGCCCCUUGUCUUCACGGCUUCUGCAAUGGAUGCUUCUCGGAGUGGUUAAAUAGAUCACAGAAGAAACAAAGAGGUGUGCUCUGUCUGCAGUGUAGAGCAGUUGUACGGUUUGCUGGAAGAAAUCACUUUCUGCAUAACAUUGAGGAGGGCUUACUACAAGCUGAUCCUUCGCUAAGACGUUCUGAUGAAAAAGUUACAGUUUUAAAUUCCUAUGCAACUAUAAAAUCAAAUCUUGUCAUUAGGAGUGGAGAAAGACAAAAUAGAAAGAGGGCAUGUUUUUUUAUGGAUGAGAGAAGAGACAGUGAAGAAGAUGGUGAUGUGGACAUUGAUGGUGAGGAAAGUGAUGAUGCAGGGCCUCAUUGCCCACAAUGUGGCACUGAGAUUGGUGGAUUCCAGUGCAACCCUAACACCAUCCAUUUACAAUGUCAAGCUUGUGGAGGAAUGAUGCCUUCCAGGGCUGAUAUUAAUAUACCACAGCACUGUUUGGGAUGUGAUAGAGCAUUUUGUGGUGCAUACUGGCAAUCUCAAAGGCUUGCUAGAAGUGACAUUCAGCUUGUUUGCAGUCAAGAAACAUUCAAACCGAUAGCAGAACAGACUAUCAGUAGAAUUCCAGUGCAGGCACAUGAAGUGAAUCAACAUGAACAAGAUGUAUGAUGUUUUGUAUUUGUCCCAAACAAACUAUGCUUCAGAAAAAAAUAGUUUAAUUUAACCAAUCUUUAGGAUUUUGUAGAUCACAGAUAGGUGUAUUAGACAGGUAGGCAGAACCUUGGAGGAUGUUAUUGCAAUUGGAUUAGAAAGCUGAACAAUAGAGAAAUUGGCAUGGU